AUAAAUAAUGACAGUUCGCUUUACGCGCCGGGUUUUCUUAUUUUCCUUACAAUUCACUGUAAAAAUGUAAUUUUUGAUAUUUAGAGCUAUAAUAUUUAUUUCAUAAACAAUGGCAUCAACAUAUGAAGACACAGUUUUAAAUUUUGAUCUUGAUUUUUUACAUCAAACAUCAAAGAAUACGGUUCAAAGUAAGCUCGAUAAACAGCACAAAGCAAUUUUAAUAGCAAAACAGAAGACAAUUGCUACAGAUUCACUGAUAAGAAAAUAUUAUCACAAGAAUGAAUUAUUGGAACACACACAAAAAACUCUUUUCGAUUCUAAAGAAGAGUGCAAACAGAUAUGCAUAGAUUACCAAAAUGCUCUGGAAAAAUGUUCAAAAUUGGAAAAUGAUAUUCAGAUUUUAGAAAACAAAAACAAUGAACUUGAUCAGAAAUUUCGACACUCGGAAGAUCAAUGCAAUGCUAUAAAAUCACAUGCGAAUCAGCUUCAGGUACUUGUCAAACAACACGAAACACAUAUUGAAGCAUUAAAAAUUGAAAGUCAGUUAGAUAAAUCCAACAUUAAAAAUUCUGAAAAAAAAUUAGCUUAUUUAGAAAAGGAAAAUAACUGUCUUCAUAAAUAUUUUAGUAUAUUUAAAGAUGUAUUAUUGGGUAAAAAAAAGCUUAGUAAAAGACGUAAAGAUUUACUACAUAAUUAUGAAAAAUAUUCUAAGGAAGAUCAUAAUUUCUUUGAUGAUUUAUCUGAAGAAGAAAGUAGUGAUAAUGAAAUAUAUGAUAAUUUAAUGUCACCACAUGAGAUUGAAGAUGACUUGGGAAGCCCUGAAGAGGCUCCAUCAUCAUCCACUAUAACUCCAACUGGAGACGAGUUAAGCACAGGAAAGAAUUGUAAAUCAGUUUAUAAAAAUGAUGAUACUGAUAGAUGUUCCGAUUAUAGCAACGAAGUACCAAGUGCAGACACAGGUCGCGGUUCAUCUCUUGCAUUUUCUGAUAGCGAAAAAUGCUUUAAUAGUCCAGAGUACUGUUCAAUAGACAAUCCUAUAAAAUGUAUUAUAAACAAACCAACAAAGAUUUUAGUAAAUGUAGCAACAAGCCCUAUACCACUUGAAGAACUUGGUUAUAGGACAACUACUCCAGUUGCUUUAUCAAAUAAUAUUUUUGAUACUCGUGAAACAGUUGAUAAAGGUUUAAGUCCAAUUAAGUUUACUACACAAGGAGCUAGGAAUUUAAUAACUCCAAUGCCAUCUAAAUAUAAUUCAAUAGAUGUCAGUUUAAAUAAUAAAACAUAUGGUAACGAACAUGAUGACGAGCAUAUGAUUCAGCAGCAGGAGUGUUUAGAAAUUAACAGUAGCAAUAAUUUUAACGAUGAUGACACGAGGGAUUGUGAAAUAGAGUCAAUUUUCAAUGAGAUGCGAUUUAAUUACAAAUUGAUAACUCCGAUUCCAAAAACACCAGCAAAGUGUUACGACAGAGAAACGCAGCAUAUUUCUUGUGCUAGUCAAACUGAUCAUGGUAGGGGAAUUAUAUGUCACGAAGCUGAAAAAGUUAGAGAAGAAAAUAAAAUUUUACAUUCCAACAUUACGGACCUUGCUAAAGAAAUUAUGAAGAUUAAAUGUUUACUUAAAAGUCAUCCAACAUUGCCAGUUGUUGAAAAUCGUGAUAUGGAGAAUGGAUUUUUGAAAGUAAAUGAAAAUAAUAGUAAUACUUAUAAAGUAAAUGAAGAUCACAGUAAUAUUAAAGAGAUAAAUAAAGUUCACAGUAAUAUUAAAGAGAUAAAUGAAGUUCACAGUAAUACUUAUGAAGAAUAUGUAGUAGUAAUAGAAAGUGAAAGUCCCACUUCAAAUAUAUGUGCAUCUUUAAAAGAUGGUAAAGAAACUUUAAGUGAUUUACAAAAUCAAGUAGACAUGGCUGAAGAAAACAGAGACUCUUGUGUAAUAACUGAAGAUUCUGUCAUGGAAUCACAUAACACUACUUUGUCUAAAUUACAGUUUGAAGAUCCUGUAGCGACAUUUGGAGACGAUGAUACGGGAGACAUACAUUUAGAUAAUAGGAGUGAACAUAAUUCAGAAGACACAUUUGAUGCUUUAAUAAAUAACAAUAACGGCUCCGUAGAAGUAUCUCCAUGCGAUGAGAGUCAUAAGAAGAUAGCUAGAGCUCGUAAAUUAACUAAUUUAGAUAAACUUAGACGGAAGAUGUUGCCCAAAAGUAAGAUUAGAAUGGAACUGCGACAGCCUAUAAAGUCUCGAUUUAAGUCAAAACGAUUAAUUCAUUAUAAAAAUAUCCGAAAAAAUAAUCUGUCAAUAUUAGCCAAUAAAAGAAAGAGUAACAUUAAUGAUUCUUCAUUAACAUUAAAUGAUAAAACAGUAUAUGAGAAUGCUGUUAAAGUUAUGUCUGAAUUAAAAUCUAAACAACCUGACAAAUUUACAUCAGGUAUAACUCAGAAAGCUAUUCAGAAAGUAUCUAAAUGUGUAAAACAGAAAGACGAUGAAAUGGAUGACAAUAAUAUAAAUCAAAAAACAAUCCAAGCAGAGAAUAAUUGUGAUUUUCAGAAAGUAUCUAAAUGUAUGAAAGAGAAAAGCAAUGAAAUAGAUAUCAACGAUAUAAAUCAGAAAGUAUUUCCAACGGAGAAUAAAAAUUGUGAUCUUCAUAAAGUUUCUAAAUGUACGAAACAGAAAUCUAAUGAAGCGGAUAAUAACAACAGCCCGCGGUCUUUAGAUAGAACAACUCGUAGUCGUAGUAAAUAUGCCCGACAUUCACAAAUUGUAAAACCUAAUCUUAUAAAAGACAGAGAGAGAAACAGUAUUGAUUCUAAAACCAACUAUGAAAUAUUUGAAGUACUUUCACAAGAAAGACGAAAACGAUUAAAACGUUUAUCCGUUGACAAAUCAGAUUUCGCAUGCAAAAGAAUUUUGCGUAGUAGUAGUCAGCGUCAAUUCGGUAUGGAUAAUAAAACAUCCGCUUCAAAUGAAUCACAUAAAGAAAUCAAUACAGAACUACCUGAUAUUAUCAGUGAAGUUGAAAAGAGACGACAUUUGGAUAAAUCAAAAGUUACUGAAUCUAAUAAAUUAGUUAAUUACGAGGAUUUGGAAAUAUUUACUGAAGCGUCAAGUGAAGUUCAAACACCCCAAACUAAAUCAGUAUCACAAACAGAAUCAGAUAGCACAAGUCAUCCUAAGAAUAGCAUUUUGUGUCUUAUGAUAAAUAAAUAUAGUGUUUCAGUAACAAAAUAUCAACCUAAAAAAGUAUCAGAUUCUGUAACAAAUUUAAUAUGGAAAAUGAUUGAGACCAGUACUGCAGAAAUAAUAAAUUUACCUUCUAUUGAAGCAAAAAAUGCAAUGAAUAAACUCGUAGAUGAGUUACAGAGUUUUGAUGUAAAAGAAUUUUUAGCCGGAUUCAUGAAAUAUAUGCAGGAUUCACAGCGAAAAAUAGAAUUGUUUUCAAAAGUCAAUACACCACCAGCCCCACCUAUGACUAAGCAGGAACAAGUCCUUCUUUAUAUAAUAUCACAACUGAGUAGUGCAUGGCCAUCUAUGAAUAUAGUGAAUUGCAUUUUAAAUAAUUUGGAAUAUUUAUUGUUUAAAUUAAAUCGUACACCAGAAUUUGAUGUAAUUGAAAGUACAUCCCACUUUUAUGCAAUACUAUGUAGAUAUUUUCAAUUAAAAACUCGAUUACGAGUUUUUAUAAUAGAUGCUCUAUAUUGUAUGCAGUAUAAAGCCAUUGCACUCAUUAAGCAGUGUUUGGAUGUCUGGAUGCAUAUUUUACCAUUAGCUCAUAUGGGAAUUGCCAAAAGUCCCUUGGUUACUUGUUUAGUCUAUGUAUUGCAUUUCUACAAGUGUGAAGACGCCUUCAAUAGAGUGAGAGAUAUAAGAUUUAUUUUGAAUAGGAAGUACUCAUAUCAAAUGGUGGAAUGGAAUGAAACGAAAAUACUGGAAAUGUUUAAAAAUGCAAUAAAAGACUUGAGAGAUAACUCAGCGGAAAAGAAAAUUCUUAGAUUAUCUUUGUUAAUUAUAGCAAAACGUCAAGGUCCUCGAUGGUGUCAGAAACAUGUAAUUACAAAUAUUUUACAACCAAUUAUAGAGAUGGAUGGUCCAGAGAGAAUAAAAAGAUUCUGCGUGGCAAUGUUAGGGCCACUUAUGAAACCUUAUCCAUUAGAUAUGAAAGUACAUUGUGAAAUUGUCAUGAAUCAACUUUUAGACAUGCUUAAUCAAAACCCUUCACCACUAAUGCAAGAAGCAAUAUAUACAAGUUUAAUAUAUAUGAGUAAACACAAUCAAAAUCGUGUUAUACAUGCAAUGUUACAAUGGUUUCCUAAAUCUGUGUCCCCUGAAUGCGAAGAAGUAUUACGAGAUUUUGUAAGAGAUAAAUCAGCGAAAAUAUGGAAAACCGUUUUAUCAAAGAUAUCACUAAUCAGCGACGAUCAGUAUAACAUCUCAACAUUUUAAUUUUUAUCAUUGAGUUUGUAAAUUACUUGAACAAUGAUGUUUACAGGAAGAAAUUUUUGUUGGUGUCAACUAUGUUGUUUACGCUUCCACCAAUAUUUUAACCAGUUCCACUUGUUCUUACCAACUUUCCCCCGAGUAGUUAUAGACUUUUUUUUCACCUGCCCCUACCCUUGUGUGUUCAGUAGGAAUAAUUGGAAUAAUAAUGCCACUUUUCCCUACCGAUAUUUUUUUGAUAAUAAUAAGUGUAGUCUGUUAAAAAAACUAUUAAUAAAAACAAAGUUAUCCGUUCGAUACCACAGUGUAACGAGUAAUCAUACAUAUACAUACAUCCUUUAGUUUUGCAAAAUGCUGUUUUCAUCACAGCGUUGUCACAUUUAGUUUUAACCGACUUCGAAAAUAGAUUACUCUCAAUUUUACUGCUCCUAUUUUCUCAUUUUUAAUCGAAUUCAAAAAGGUUGAGGUUUCGAAUUGAGAGGUUCUCAAUUCAGUUGUAUUUUAUGUUUGUUACCUCAUAAAACCGUCUUUAUCUGAAAAAAUAUACUUACAUGUUCUAUAGAAAUUGUAUUAAAAUCUGUUCAGUAGUCUGGUUUUCAAACCAAAAUAAUCGGUUUUGUUACAACUUUAAAUUUGGUUUACUAAUUACAAUUUUUGAAUUUUCAUCAAAAAAUUACAAGUGUAUUCUUAUUUAUGCAUAAUUUUUAAUAAUGAUGACCUACGACAUCAAAACCUAAUAUUUACUUAUAUGUAAAUUUUAUAAAAUAAUAAUAAUAAUCUCCAAUUAGAUUAAAACAGUACACAAAUUAAAAAGUAAAUAAUUUCCUUUAGUAUACAUGCAGAAGUCCUAAAAAAUUUAUUAUAAAAAUCCAUGAAAAAGUUAUUCAUUUCCGAGUUAAUUCCUUUGUUAUAUAAGGCAGUUAGAGAAAACAAUUUCGUCUCUGUCUUCCACUUUUAACUUUUAAAUUGAUAAAUAAUGUAAAAUCCAUCCAUCCAUCUACGUAAUAUAAUUUUAAAGUAGUUAUGCUAUUGUUUUGCAUAUUCCAAGCGAUUUUAUUAGUUCAGGAUGCUGUAAAACAUUAUUUGUACUAGACAUCUAGAAAAAAAAAGGGAGGUUAUUAUAUAUUUAUUUAUGUACAAAAGUGCACUUGUAAAGAAUAAGUGGUCAUCUUGCGGGGGAAGGGAUUGUGAGUUCCCAUUGCUAUCCCUUAUCAGGUCGACCUCCACGCGGUUCGCCCUGGAAACCAUUGUGACAAAUUUAUCGUUGAAUUCGUCACAAUGGAUUAACUGAUCUGCCUUUUUUUUAUCCUCACCGAUCAUCCCUCACUGGUGCCCCGCCAGUGUAUACCGAUGACGUAGGCAGGGUUACCAUUUCAUUAUUAUCCAUUAAAAAAGUUGUUAUCUUUAUCAGUGGAAAUAAGUGGAAUAAAAUUCCACCCUCCAGUGGCGAAAAGUUGUUAGACACAAGUGGAGUAGGCCAAUAUUUUAGUAUGGUUUACAUUUUAAUAUUAGUAAUAUAUUAUUGGAGUCAUUCUAGUAUAUAUAAGUUAAUUGUACUAUGUUAUCAAUAUUACAAGAACUGUGAUGUAAAUAUUUUUCGCUUCAUUUUGGAAGCGGAGUUUAUUCCUCUUAAUAAAACUAAGUUUUAAAUAA